GCUAGGCGCAAUGCAAUGGUGUAAACAACCAUAUGGGAAGAUCAACACGUGUAUAACACAGCAAAGUCGAGUAAUUUUCUUGUCAAGUUUGAGGAUCUUACAAAAUGAUGGCGUAAACACAAUUAUCUAAAAUCUGGUGUCAAGUAACAAGUAGCAUGUCUAUUUCUUUGCCGUUUUGUGAUGUUAUUUAAUGUUGGUUGCCACCAUGAUUGUGCGACGAUGUUGUGUUAGAGGCCUGCUCCUGUCAGUGGUGUGUGGCCUGAUUGUACUACUACAGACCGAGGCUCAUACCAGACCUGAAGUUCCGACCAAUGGGAAUCAGGUUUCCAGCCGGAGGGCCGACCUCCUCCUGAAGCUCUGGCGACAGCGUCUCCAACGCUCAGAUACCACUACCUCAUCUUCUCCUACACCCACCAGCGACUCAGGGCAAAUCACAACAUACGGGGACCCAGGCAGCCAUUUCGCAGAGACCACUGUGUUACCAUCUUCAGAUGAUCCUGUACAGAGUAUCACCAGUAACACGACGAAUCAAGAAUCAAAAACGUCAAACGAAUCUGAAACUAGCCAUAAAGCAAAUGACACCAACAGCACUUAUAUAAAUGAGAUGUUAAAAGCAGUCCCUUCAGAACUGAAUCAAAGUUUUGUUGGAAGUUCAGGAAAAUCUUUACUGUAUGCACUGACUUCCAACCUAACUCAGAAUCAGAUUCCCUGGGACGGGGCCUCAAAUGUGGGCCUUAGUGACAAUUCCACGUUUUUAAACCAAUCGAAAGGAAAUGACACAGAAAACUUCUGGGAAACAUCCGAAUUUAGUGCAUCAGUCGAAAGUGUUAUAAACAAUAUUACCACAAAUUUAACGGACUGGUUAGACAAAGACAACAGAGUAACACACGGUGAACAUAGAUCCAACAUUACCUGUGUUAAUUCUUCAGAAGGUGCUUCAGACAACCUUUUGGAUUCUACACAGAGUUCGACGACAAAAGAUCAAGUUUCGGAUUUCUCUGAUAUAGUGAUACUUUCGGAUUUCUCGCCAAAUGUAACAACAGAAAAUCAGGUUUCAAACAUGGGCCAAAACUUUACAAAAGAGGGAACGUUAGAGGAAAAUGGACCACAGAACGUGACGUCAUACAUGAAAGACGAAUUGUUACAAGAGAAUGACACCUUGGCCUCAAACAAAGAUACUACUUCUGAUGUGCCGACCUCAGACAAGUAUACUGCUUCUGGUGUGUCGACCCCAGACAAAUACACUUCUUCUGAUGUGCCGACCUCCGACAAAUACACUUCUUCUGAUGUGCCGACCUCAGACAAAUACACUCCUUCUGAUGUGCCGACCUCAGACAAAUAUACUCCUUCUGAUGUGUCGAUCUCAGACAGAUAUACUCCUUCUGAUGUGUCGACCUCAGACAAAUAUACUCCGUCUGAUGUGCCGACCUCAGACAAAUAUACUCCUUCUGAUGUGCCGACCUUAGACAAAUAUACUCCUUCUGAUGUGUCGACCUCAGAGAAAUAUACUUCGUCUGAUGUGCCGACCUCAGAGAAAUAUACUCCUUCUAAUGUGUCGAUCUCAGACAAAUAUACUCCUUCUGAUGUGUCGACCUCAGAGAAAUAUACUUCGUCUGAUGUGCCGACCUCAGAGAAAUAUACUCCUUCUGAUGUGCCGACCUUAGACAAAUAUACUCCUUCUGAUGUGUCGACCUCAGAGAAAUAUACUUCGUCUAAUGUGUCAACCUCAGAGAAAUAUACUCCUUCUGAUGUGCCGACCUCAGACAAAUAUACUCCUUCUGAUGUGCCGACCUCAGAGAAAUAUACUCCUUCUGAUGUACCGACCUUAGACAAAUAUACUCCUUCUGAUGUGUCGACCUCGGAGAAAUAUACUUCGUCUGAUGUGCCGACCUCAGACAUCAAGUCCAGCGUAAAACAUGUACCAUCUGAACCAAAUCCUCUGUUAACAAAUUGCCAACCAGAAGCAAACCACGAGGCGCCUAUAUCCCAAAGCCAAUCUCCAACCAUACCCAAUGAACACACAACUAUUAACUCAAAAGAAGAAAUAUUGACUUCUCUACCGACAUCAUCCAAAGAAGCUAAAUUUACUCACACGUCAACGGCACUCACACAGCUCACAUCUCAGGAAGCCACACCUGUAGCUGUUACAACCACUCCCAAACAAACCACAUCGGGCUAUAUGUAUCGCACAACAGAGUUCGACCCAUUGACCAAUCGCGGUGGUCCAUUUUUGAGAAAGCCCAACGCUUUUGACUUUUUAAUGAUGGGACAAAUAGCAACUGCUCAAAGAAAUGAAAAACAACGUGAGUUUCGAGAAAGUAACUACGAAGCCUCUGCUCAAAUCUGUGGUUUGCUCAACAAAAAGUUCUGCAGAUUGUCCAUUGGAGGCAGGUGCUGUUAGAAGUUCAACAAGAACCAUUAGUGUAACACCUAAUGCCGAUGAUAAUUUUCAAUUUUUACAGCCACUCAGUGCGCAUGGAAGUGACUGUAUAAAAUAUGUGUAUCCCAGGGUUUAUAUUUUUUUUUUUCUGGUCAGUGUUACUUUUAUGCGCUUAUAUAGGUAAAAUUUCAUGUGUUACAAAAAUAAAGAUUAAAUUCGAUCCAUAUUUUACAUAGUUUACGUAAGCAUAACAGGUUUGUAUCUUAUAAACUUUAAACUGAGGAAAUCCGCCUUUCAGUGACUGAGACAUGAACUGAAACCCUUGCGUUAGUUUGUGUUUUUUUUUUCUUCUAAGGGUAGAAUCUGUAUCGAAGUGCAUCCACGUGGGAUCGUCAUGAUAAGCAUGAGGACGUCAUGAGGACUUGAUUUUGUGCUUUUGUCACUCAGCGUCCAUCUCAGAUAUGUCAGCAAGUGUACCGUACGCUAUUUAGUAAUUCUGAGUGCAUAUGUGAAGACUUUUGGAAUUGUGCAAGAUCAGGAUGCUGGGGCAUUUACUUGGAUUCACAAAGCUCUCCGAAGCUGGGUUCAUAUGUAUGAAGGAAUUAAUAAACGCCAC